CAGGUCUCGGGCCCUCAGGCGGAGCGGCGGGCGCCGGACCCCCAGGUGGAGCGACAGGUCUCGGGCCCUCAGGCGGAGCGGCGGGCGCCGGACCCCCAGGUGGAGCGACAGGUCUCGGGCCCUCAGGCGGAGCGGCGGGCGCCGGACCCCCAGGUGGAGCGACAGGUCUCGGGCCCUCAGGCGGAGCGGCGGGCGCCGGACCCCCAGGCGCGACAGGUCUCGGGCCCCCAGGCGGGGGGCGGCGGGCGCCGGACCCCAGGUGGAGCGGCGGCCGCUGGACCCCCAGGCGCGAGAGCGACAGGUCUCGGGCCCCCAGGCGGAGCAGCGGGCACCGAGUCACCAGGCACGACAGUGGGCUCCGAGUCAACUGGCAUGACCGCUGGCACUAGGUCAGACAUUGGAUCGUCUGGCUGGACAGCGGGCAUCGGGUCACCAGGCAUCAGGUCAUUUGGCUCG